AUGGGUAUCAAAGGCCUCACUGGACUCAUAACCGAGCACGCACCAAAUGCCAUCAAAGAACACGAAAUAAAAACACUCUUCGGUCGCAAGGUCGCCAUCGACGCCUCCAUGUCCAUAUACCAGUUCCUCAUCGCUGUGCGCCAGCGCGACGGCGAGAUGCUCCAGAACGACUCGGGCGAGACGACCAGCCAUCUCAUGGGAUUCUUCUAUCGCACCAUACGCAUAGUGGAGAACGGGAUAAAGCCGGCGUAUGUGUUCGAUGGGAAGCCACCAGAGUUGAAGAAGGGCGUGCUAUCCAAGCGAUUGGCGCGACGCGAGGAAGCAAAGGAGGAAGGUGAAGAAGCCAAAGAGACCGGGACCACAGAGGAUGUGGAUAGGUUCUCGCGCCGGACGGUCAAGGUCACGAGGGAGCACAAUGAAGAGUGCCGGCGACUUUUAGGGCUAAUGGGCAUUCCUGUGGUCGUCGCUCCGUCCGAAGCUGAAGCACAGUGUGCAGAGCUCGCACGAGGGGGCAAGCGGGAUCAGAAGACAUGGACACCCUCAACCUUUUCAGCGCCUAUACUCCUUCGACACCUCACCUUUUCUGAAGCCAAGAAGCAGCCUAUCAGCGAGAUAAAUCUCAAACUUGCCCUCGAAGGACUCGACAUGGACAUGAGUCAAUUCAUAGACCUUUGCAUCCUGCUCGGUUGCGACUACCUUGAACCGAUAAAGGGUGUAGGCCCCAAGUCUGCAUUGAAGCUGAUCAGGGAGCAUGGUGAUCUGAAGACUAUCAUCAAACACCUACGGGCAAAGCAAGCUGAGAAAGCGGAAACAGCAGCGUCCGAUAACGAGGACGAGGACCCACCCGCUGGCACAUCCGACGUCGAGCAGCCUGAUGAUGAGGACGAAAAGCCGAAGCCUAAGCCAAAGAAAAAGGGCAAGGGCAAGGGUAAAGGCGGUAUAGCCGUUCCCGAAGAAUGGCCUUGGGAGGAGGCAAAGAAGGUGUUUGAAAAACCUGAUGUGACGCCAGCUGACGAGAUUGAGUUGGAGUGGAAAAACCCCGAUAUCGAUGGGUUGGUGCAGUUUCUAGUUACAGAAAAGGGUUUCAAUGAGGAUCGUGUACGCAAGGGUGCAGAGAAGCUGCAAAAGUUUUUGAAUGCUAAGCAACAAGGGAGGCUAGAUGGGUUCUUUACUGUUAAAGCAAAAGAGAAGAAGGAACCUCCAAAAAAGGGUAAGGAGAAGGACACAAAGACAAAGGGAAGCGGAAGGUAUGUACCCGUGUACUCUAACGAAGAUAACGAGUCUGGAUCGAAGGGCAAAAAGACCCGAACGAAAAAGUAG